UGGUAGCUCACUUCCUUUCACAGUUGGGUUUGCAGUACAUGCUUUAAGCAACAGACAGUUUGUCCGAUUUAUACGUGGUUUUCAGGAAAACUAAAAAAAAAACUGGCAAGAUGGCUUGCAAAGGGAUCCUGAAGAUACUUAUGGUCAUCUUCAACAGUGCGAUCUUUUUAGCAGGAGGUGCAACUGUGAUCAUCGGAGUUUUGGUCGAAAUUAGCCGAAGGCAUGUACUUGGAGUGCUGGAUAAAUUUAAAGACAUUUCCGCAGACUUCGCACCCCUGGCUAAUGCUGGCUAUCUGCUGAUCGCUGUUGGGGCCAUAAUCGCCUUCCUGGGCUUCCUGGGCUGCUGCGGAGCCUGUUGCGAGAAUAAGUGCAUGCUCAUGAUCUUUUUCAUCAUCAUCCUCAUUGUGUUUGUCGUGGAGGUGGUUGCAGCAGUAGUCACUCUGCUUUACCAGCCUAAGGUAGAGAAAUUGCUGGAUACAAUUCGUCAAAAUGUUGCUAAGAGCAUCAGGGAGAACUACGGUCAAAACGACAUCAUCACUAUUGCGUGGAAUGAGACAAUGAGUCUGAUGAAAUGCUGUGGAUACAACAACUACACUGACUUCACUGGCUCCCUGUUUGUAAACCGCACUUCGGAGUACCCCCACUUCUGCUGCUCUACACCUGCUCUACCAUCUGAAAAGUGUUAUUCUGGAAACGCAGCUUUAGCGCACGUGGAAGGCUGUUUCAAUGUUGUGGUGAAGUUGGUGAAGAAGAACUCUGCUUUGCUAGGGGGCGUGGCUAUUUGUGUUGCUGCUAUAGAGGUUGCUGCAAUGAUCGUGGCCCUUUUACUGUACAAGACAUAAACUCGGAAACCAGCAUGUGUAAGCACUGUACACUGUGGCCUCUCACAUCUAAUAGGAUACAAUAAUAAAAUCUGAAAUGACAUUGGUAUACAUAUAUAUUAUAAUCGUACAUAUAUUAAAAAUUAUAAAUUAUACAUAUUCUGUCCCACACCUUAUAAAGUACAAUGUAUACAGAAAAGAGUCUUUCUUUUUUUUUUUAGCACAUUUUAUAAUCCUGUAUGUUUCAUUAAUACCUUUUGUAAACAAAACGUACAGAACAAAAUGGGGCAAAUACCUUUCUACAAGCCAGUGAAGAAAGGGUUUAUAUUUUAUAUAUAUAGAGGUUUAUGUUUGUUCAAGUGUACUUUUUUGUUGUUAGCAUUUCCGUAUUUAUUUUUAUUAGUUUUGAGAAACUAAUAAAAUAUUGUUAUUAAGCUAAUUUUGGAAUGUAGAUUUAGUUUUAUAUUAAUUAGCAAUUUAUUCCAACUAUUAUGCUUAUAGGUCAGCACAAAAAUUAUUUGUUUAUGAAAAUUAAAAUGAAUUUAAUUAAUUGGUACAAUAAUAUGUUAUUGGAACAUCUAGCCCUCGCACAAAUUUUGACUGUCUUUUUCUUUUGUCACACGUAUUUCUUGCUUGCACUGCAUAAAUACGAACCAUUGAACCAUUGUGUCAAUGCUUUACACUUUGCCUGUCAUUCUUGUGAGCUCUGAGCUGUGUAUUGUUGGAUAGAUUACCUGUGAAUGACCUUUGUCUAGUCAUUUUGGAUGUGUUUGACCAUCUGUAUUUUAACCUAGCUUUGCCUUUUCCCCAUGUUUUAGAUUGUGUUUUGGAUUUGUGUGAUACGUGAGGAUUUUCUGUGUUUGACCCAGACCCUGCCUUGUUUGCCAAUAAACUUUUGCAUAUGGAUCCAUAUAA